AUGUCACAGAAGCUUUUGCUUCACGUAGAUGUGUUGCGUGGGCGUAAUUAUCCGCAGACGGAGGACGAUCCGUGCGCAUGUUCAACACUCGUGCGUUUGUUUCUCUAUAAUAGCAAUCUACAGGAGACCAUAGCCGAUGUGUUUAGGACAGGAAUACAGGAGAAUUCCAACGCCCCGUUUUACAGUGCGGGUGUGGACUUUGACGUCCCUGCGGGGCUGGAGAGCGUGGUGUUGGUGGUUGAGGUGGAGGAGACAACCCGGCGGACGGAGCCGUACGUCCUCUUCUAUGGUUUUCAACCGGUGUCAAUGACUGGGAAGGGGAAGUGUGAGGAGGUGAUUACGUUGACGUGCACCAACCCGGUUGAAAAGCCAGAGGAGGCAGCACAGGAGGCGUUGUUGGCCGGGGAGGAUCCGACGUCGUGUCCGGUUCUUACUAUCCGCUACCAAGUGAUUCGUCAAAAGAAUGCCGAGGAGGUGAGGGAUGUACACGCGGACGUUGAGUUGCCAGCCACCCCGGCUCUCACCGGAGCCACCAGCAUCGUUCCAAAGGGCUCCCGGUACGUGUGGGUCAACCUCACAUCGGACCCCCGCUGGACAGAGGCGUUCCGCCACACGCUUGUGGAAAGCUGGCGGGACAGGGCGCCACUGGUUGGCAAUGCGGUUGCGAAGGAGAGCCUACAGGCGUCCACGAAAGGUGCCUCCACUUCGAGGCCUUCCUCGCAACCUACACGUCUGAUGGAUAUCCGUUCGAUUGGUGAUGUGAUUAUAAAAAGGUGGUGCUGCUGCCGGGCACAUGAGGUCUUGACACGACUGCGAUUGUGCGCGGAGGCCUUCGACCGCGGGGAAAGGACGAUUCACUUCAGUCAAGAGCGGGAAUUGUCGUAUAGACUUCAGCGCAAGGAGCGUGUAUGCCUUUUGCAGGAAUUGGCAAAGGCUUCUCUUGUGAAGAUGGGUAUCUCCGAACUUCGUGACACGCUGGAUCACCUGUGGAUUUUCUUUUCCAUCGGCAUCAAACACGAUCCGGCGGGCACGCGUGUUCUUACCUACGAGGCGCGCAAGAAGGUGAGAGAGGCCAGCUUCGACAGCAAGGACAAGGCGAUCCUGCAGUCAAGCCUGCUGAACUUUCUUGUCCCCUCGCUCACCAUGGAUCAAUGCAACGAGAUUGCCGUGGCUGAUAUGGAAAGCGCAGAAAGGGCGGGGAACAUUUUGGAGGAAACGCCCCCGACUGGCGCUAAUUUUGGCAACAAUGCAAUGUCUGCACCCGCCUCUGAGGUCGACUUCUCGAUGGCGCUUAUUGAAUACAUCGGCGCGCUGCUGGACACCCUCACAGAGACGGAGCUUGUGGCUGCCCUCAAGGCAUUCGAGCCGGCGGUGGUCAACGCUCAGCAGCGUAUUAAGGCCAAAGCCAAGGAGGAGAUAACACGUAUGCGCAGCAACUUCAGGGAGCCAAUGCGGCGGGAACUGACGCCGUACAACCCCGGUGAUGGUAUCAAGAUUGACCAUCUCGACAGACUGGGCCGCAGGAAGAAGAGCUACCACCCACGAUGA